GAAUAGAUGACAAGGGCCACAAGAUUAUGCCGGUCAAGGGAAAAUAUUUUACCAUUUUUAUGAAGAUUUUUCAACAGAAUUCAAAAUUAUAAAGAAAUCGGAAUGUCAUUUUUCUAGUCUAGUCUGAACCGGAUCUGCUUUUUACAGCAAUGUUUGCGAACGAUUGCGAAGUCCAUGGUUCAUUGCGUAUCCCUAGGCUACGUCAUAACAGUGAGCGACCUCGUUGCUAGGGCCAACCCUCGGCACGCGCCACGCGAUGAAACUAUCAACACGAUCAACAACUUGACACGUCCUAACUCAAGAACGUUGUCGAAGCAACUUAGUUUACGCUCUCCCUGUGUUUCCUUCGAACAUUUUGCUAAUCUUGAUAGCUCCUCUAAGUGUAAGAAAUGGCACAGGCAGACCCAAUGAAAUGGAAUCUUCCAGGAUGGCGAAUUGAGCAAAAAUAUUCUCCCGGGGUUUUGAUUGGGAAUUGGUCCGAGGAUAGGUAUAAGUUCCAAAGGGCACCUUUAAAGUCUGGAUCAACACAUAGAACUGACUUUGUGAAGUAUCCCCAGUACAAGCCAGAUGUUAUGACACGAAGAAAUGCAAUGAUGAAAAAUGAUGGUCUAGACAACAAACACCUAUUUGCCCAUCAUAAUAAUGACUUCUCCAGCAAUCUCAUCUCAUGGUAUGAUGAGCAGUUUAACAAACGAGAGAGAUCAGGUAGAGAUGUAUUACCAGAGCAGCGAUAUUGGGACUCAAACAAACUUGCCUGGGAACCUGAGAAGUCUGAUCAUCCAAUCAGAGAUGGUCCAGUCACAAACUUUGGCCUCAAAGAAAAGUUGACUGAAAAGUGGAAGGUUGAACAAGCUCUUGCUGGACUUGGAGAAUACCAUACAACCUACGGCCAGUCCUAUGUCACUCUGCCUUCUAGUGCACUCAUCAGGAACCACUAUGCACCACCAAGGGCUCUCUCCACACGACUUCAUCCUGUGAAUCUCAUCAAUAAGGAUCUGAACCUGCGAAGCAUUAAUGUUAUACAGACGCCACAAGAGUUACAGUUACCAACGAGGACAGAACCUGCUACUAGGAGUCAACAAGGACCCACUCAAGUCUCGGUGUAAGGCUACAAAAUAUAAAUAUUAUUUAUCAACCAUGUAAGUUAUUUCAUGGGGAAGGAUUAUAUCCAAAUAAUUCCUUGGCUGUAGAAUCGCUGAAUCCAUGAGGGGUACAUUGUGAGAUAAGGGAACAAAUUGCAUUGUUUUCUAUUUGUUGGGAGGGAAUGGUUUAAAGCCUUAAAUUUGGAAAAUAUUGUUGAAUACGUUUUUUUUCAUAAUGGAAGGGAAGAUUUGCUGGCAUUGCUUGUUUUGAGUCGAGUAUGAAGAUUCACUGAAAUGUUUGAAUCAGUAUUACUCAUUUUUGACUGAUUACUUUUUUUAAGUUGCAUUAUGCAUUCACUGCCUUUUGUCCAUCAUGAAGUGAUGUGUGUGGUACAAAAUGUGCUGCUCUCAUUGCAGUAAACCUCCAUAUGAUAGCCUCCAUGCAUUGAGUGACUGAUUUCACAUCAUACAACAGUAAUUCUGGACAGGCUUUUUAACCUGUUCACUAACUGAAAUCACAUGGAGUAUGGCCCCCCAUGUCCGCAUGCAUUAUCAGCACAGUGUACAUGUACAACUGCCACAUGUAGUACAGCCCACCCAAGGCUUGUGCAUGUAUUGCAUAAGCUGGGCCCACAGGUGGCCCAGGUGGACUCCCUGACCGUGCUACUUUACGGAGGGAGGAAAGGAAAGAUAACGUCCAACCUGGGCUAGGGCAACAGGUACUGCCUGGGUAUGCAUUGUGUUCAGAUGCAAAUUUUUGUAAACUCAGUGUAAGCAAGAUCUGGAAUGCACACUGUUCCUUCCAUGUAGCUGGAACAAUGGGAAUUGUGUCAAAUGAAUUCAGCACAUUUUACUUUAAGUAGAUAAUCCAGUCUUUAAUUUCUUCCUGGUGAAAACUAUGUGGCCUUAAUGUCAUUCUUAUUAGUCCAAAUAUUCAAAUAUAAUCUUAUCAACCAAAUAUUAGCAGUUUUAUGUAAGGGACUGAUGAUUUGAAAGUUCCUAGUGUAGUCAUGGAAACUAAUCAAUGCUAUUUCAACAUUUUAACCGGUAUAAAAGUAUAUUAAGCAUGGUAUUGUUUUAGGGAAAAAAAAGUACACGUACAUUGUGAUAAAUGAACGGGAAUUUCCAACCAUGAUUUCAAAACUUCCAUGUUCUCUUUCAUAAGGAUGAGAAUAUUUUACAGUUGAUGUAACUUUUCAAUGGAUUUUAGGAUUAUUGAAAAAAUAUUGGUUUUUACCGACACUGGGUCUGUGGAAAAAAUUCACAAAAAUCAUGUUUUUAAAUUUUGAUGAAAUACGAACUAUCAGCAUUAUUGAGGCUUACAUUUAUUUUUUGAAAAGUCAUAAAAUAUUUUGGCUGGAAUUAAUUCUGUAUCUUCAGUUGAAGAACAGAUUUUUAACUUCAGCCUUGUAGUAGCUGAACCUAUUUCAAAAAUGUAUUUUAUUGCUUUUUGAAUUGUAUGACAGUAAUAAAUUAAUAUUGUGUUCAAGACACAGAAAAGUCA